AUGACUCUAGAAGGGAGGAACACAAGGGAGGAACACAAUAUGAGUCAUGGAAGAUUUUCUUACAGACUCAUAUUGCUUGUAUGGAUAUGGGUUUUUUUUGGUAGUUUCUUUCCUUCAAAAUCCUACCAUGGGAGACCGCUUCUCAUCAACUUUGGCGAUUCCAACUCUGAUACUGGAGGAAUACUAGCUGGCACAGGACUUCCCAUUGGCCUUCCUCAUGGCAUCACAUAUUUCCACAGAGGCACAGGCCGUUUGGGUGAUGGCCGGCUUGUGAUCGACUUCUUCUGUGAAUACCUGAACUUGACUUUUUUGAGUCCAUAUUUGGACUCGUUGGCACCAAAUUUUAGCAGCGGAGUCAAUUUUGCUGUAAGUGGAGCAACCACACUACCUCAAUUCGUCCCUUUUGCACUAGAUGUUCAAGUACGCCAAUUCAUUCGCUUCAAAAAUCGUUCGCUUGAACUGUUAUCACAGGGUCCAGGGGACUUCAUUGGUGAAGAUGGGUUUCGUAAUGCGCUUUACAUGGUCGAUAUCGGAGAGAAUGAUCUUCUACUUGCCUUGUAUGCAUCAAAUCUUACCUAUGCGCCUGUGGUGGCAAAAAUCCCUUCUUUUCUUGCAGAAAUUAAAUUAGCCAUUCAAAAUAUACAUCAAUAUGGUGGCAGAAAGUUCUGGAUACACAACACCGGGCCACUGGGUUGUGCACCUAAAGAACUUGCAUUACAUCCCCAUAACAAUACGGAUCUGGAUAAAAUAGGAUGUCUCCGCGUGCACAAUGAUGUCGCAAAAGCUUUCAAUAGAGGACUGCGUGCAAUCUGUAAAGAAAUUAGAUCAGAGUUGAAAGAUGCCACCAUUGUCUAUGUGGAUAUGUACAGCGUCAAGUACAAUCUCUUUGCCAAGUACAAAACAUAUGGUUUUGAAGAACCAUUGAUGGCUUGUUGUGGAUAUGGGGGGCCUCCAAACAAUUACAAUGUAAAAGCAACGUGUGGACAACCUGGUUAUAGCAUCUGCAACAAUGUAUCAAGGGCCAUAGUCUGGGAUGGAGUUCACUACACUGACGCUGCGAAUCGGGUGGUUGCAACCACUAUCCUUUCUACGCAUUACUCUACACCACCAGUAAAGCUUGACCAAUUUUGGCCUGCUUGA